UUGUAAUCUUCGCCGUCAAGCAUCAUCCACAAUGGGUCGUGUCAUCAGAGCUCAACGUAAGGGAGCAGGUUCCGUCUUCAAAUCCCACACUCACCACCGUAAAGGCCCCGCCAAGUUCCGCAGCCUCGACUACGGCGAGAGAAAUGGAUACCUCAAGGGCGUCGUGACGGAGAUCAUCCACGAUCCCGGCCGUGGAGCGCCGCUUGCUCGCGUCGCCUUCCGUCAUCCUUUCCGUUACAAGAAGCAGAAGGAGCUCUUCGUCGCCGCCGAAGGCAUGUACACCGGACAGUUCUUGUACUGCGGUAAGAAAGCGACGCUCGUUGUCGGAAAUGUUCUCCCGCUUAGAGCUAUCCCUGAAGGAGCUGUUGUCUGUAACGUCGAGCAUCAUGUCGGUGACCGUGGUGUGCUCGCUAGAGCUUCUGGCGAUUACGCCAUCGUGAUUUCGCACAACCCUGACAACGACACUACUAGGAUCAAGUUGCCAUCUGGUUCGAAGAAGAUUGUUCCGAGUGGAUGCAGGGCCAUGAUUGGUCAGGUCGCUGGUGGUGGAAGAACGGAGAAGCCGAUGCUCAAGGCGGGAAACGCGUACCACAAGUACCGUGUGAAGAGAAACUCGUGGCCUAAGGUUCGUGGUGUGGCUAUGAAUCCAGUGGAGCAUCCUCACGGAGGAGGUAACCAUCAGCACAUUGGUCACGCCAGUACGGUUAGGCGUGAUGCACCACCAGGGCAGAAGGUUGGGCUUAUUGCUGCUAGGAGGACUGGUCGUCUCAGAGGUCAAGCUGCUGCUUCUGCCGCCAAGGCUGAUUAGGUUUCAUAAGAUAUAUAUUUGUUUUGUCUGAGUUUGUUGCUGUGUUUCCUUGUGAACCCUCCUUGUGUUCUGAAAUCUCGUAUUUGUUAUAAUCUUGUGAGUACACUUCUCAAGAAAAGCAAACCUAAGUUGCUACUGUUUGCCCAUGUGAGGUUUUGUUAUCCUGAUUACACAACAGUCAUGACAAUAAUCGAUAUGCACAGCUUUGGAGCUUUCAUGCUA